GGUCUAUAAGGUCGAUCUGGUUUAUCUUUUUUUUCGCUCUCAAGUUUAGCAGGCGCCAUGACCUUAGCAAGCAAGAUGAUUACUCUGUUCCUCGUCGGAUGUGUGCUCAUGCAGACAGUCUUCGCUGGACCCUUGGAUAAACUCUUCCGGGAGGAUGAUGAUCGCCUUAACGAGGUCAGCGGUGAGGAGUGGUUCCGUAAGCCCAUUCGCAGAUGGGAAAGACUCUUCAGCAGUGGCGAAACCCCGUCGGGAAGUCGGAGGCAGGUGAUCAGGCCCAGUAGAAGUGACAAGGCAGAGUCCACGGAGAGCUCCAAGCAUGCCCACUCCAUGAUCACCUCGAUGCUGGGCUUUGUCAGCAGUGUCAUCAACUUGGGACGAUCCAUGGUCAGGGAUCAAUAAGGAAUAUUUUGGAUUUUAUUGCAGAUUUCUAUUCUAAGCCAAAGUCUCGUGAUUCCUAUUGCCAAUUGUUUUUUAGUUGUAAAUAAAAUAUUACAUUUUAUUUUAUUAAAACUUAAUUAAAACAUAUGUAUAAAACCUCUAUGAACAUGAUUUUGAAAGGAGUAGAUAUUUUAAAAAGAUGUAUUUAAAACAAGCGAAUAUUAAGGAAGGACUAUAUAUUUAGGUGUAUGUAUUUAAAAUAAGAGAAUGUUCAGAUUUGUAAAUACAAAUUUUAAAUUACAUAUAAAUAACACUUUACACAUCGUUUAAACAAUUUAAAAAUUGUAAAUACUCUUAGUAGACAAUUUUGCAAAUUAAAAAGUUAUAAUAAACACUGAUAACUCUCAACUUUUA